CGGUGUUCCUUCGCUGGCCUCCGGGCUGCGGGUGGGCUUGGGGAGCGCUGCGGCCGGUCGGCGGUGAGGGUGUGAGUUACAAUUUGGAUAUGAAAUCACUUUUCUAGCCCACCUCAGAGAAGACUGUUGACACACUAGUUGGCAUGGUUCCAAUAGCCUACCUUGCAAAACGCUUCAGAUUCGAAGAAUUUCCUGUGUAAAAAUAAAAAGGGAGGUAUCAGAGUUUCCCAUUUAGAUCAACAACUUCAAAUUCUUACCAUGGAAAAUUCAGAGAAGACAGAAGUGGUUCUCCUUGCUUGUGGCUCCUUUAAUCCUAUCACCAACAUGCACCUCAGGUUAUUUGAGCUGGCCAAGGACUACAUGAAUGGAACAGGAAAAUAUAGAGUUAUCAAAGGCAUAAUUUCUCCUGUUGGUGAUGCAUAUAAGAAGAAAGGACUCAUCCCUGCCCAUCAUCGAAUUAUCAUGGCAGAACUUGCCACCAAGAAUUCAAAAUGGGUGGAAGUUGAUACAUGGGAAAGUCUUCAGAAGGAGUGGACAGAGACUGCUAAGGUGCUAAGACACCAUCAAGAGAAACUGGAGGCUAGUAACUGUGAUCACCUGCAGAACUCACCUGUGCUAGAAAGGCCUGUACGGAAGAGGAAGUGGACUGAACAAAGGCAAGAUUCUAGUAAAAAAAAAUCCACAGAGCCAAAAACAAAAGGUGUGCCAAAGGUAAAGUUGCUGUGCGGGUCAGAUUUGUUGGAGUCUUUCGGUGUUCCCAAUCUGUGGAAGAGUGAGGAUAUUAACCAGAUUGUGGCAGACCACGGGAUCAUAUGUAUUACUCGGGCUGGAAAUGAUGCUCAGAAAUUCAUCUAUGAGUCUGAUGUGCUGUGGAAACACCGGAGCAACAUUCACCUGGUGGACGAAUGGAUCACUAACGACAUCUCAUCCACGAAGAUCCGGAGAGCCCUCCAAAGGGGCCAGAGCAUUCGCUACUUAGUACCAGAUCUUGUCCAAGAAUAUAUUGAAACGCAUAAUUUGUACAGCUCUGAGAGUGAAAACAGGAAUGUUGGGGUUAUCCUGGCUCCUUUGCAGAGAAAUACUGCAGCAGCUAAGUCAUAGACAUUCUAUAGCAUAUUUUGGACUUCCCUUUUGGGGAUUUGAAACAAUCUGGGUGUUAGUCACUGGCGAAAGGAAUUGUGAUCUUGUUUCAUAAACUAAAGCUUGACAGUUUGGUAAAAAUCAGUAGUAAAUUAAAAUCAGGUUUGUUUUUUCCUUUUUAUCAGAAAUUGUUAAGAUGAAUGUUUUUAGUAUGGUCUUUUUUUUUUUUUUUAAGAAUGUGAAGAUCCCUAUAUCUUUAAAACAAGAGAUUAGCAGCACAUUAAAACCAGAAUUUUCAAUGAAACUAACUGCAAGUAGGAAGUCAAAAAGGACAUCUUGACUCUACCACAUAAGAGAGGUGAAGUGUAAAGAGCAAGAGUCCAUUUAAAAUCCUAACUUUAAUAUGUAUAUUAAAAUGUACUUUAAAAAUAAACAAAUAACUCUGACUUUAA